GGAAGGGGAAAAAACGCAUAUAUCUGCCGUCUGAACCACGCCAGCCAUGUGGAGGCCGUAAGCAUCUAACAUUGGGGUAGCCUGCCACUAGCUUCACCAUCCUCGGUGGCUACUUGGCACAGCACGCGUGAUAAGCCCUUACUCAGCAGACGAGAGGGAUCUAAAACGGGGGGGACGUCCAAACGAAAUGAUGAGGGAGAUGAGAACGAGAGCCGGAAACCAAGCACCAGAGAAUCCUCAGCAGACAUGGCCGAAUCACAGCAAAAACCCGCGCAGACCGGCAUCAGCGUCAUCAUCGUUGGCGCUGGCUUCGCAGGCCUGACGGCAGCCAUCGAGUGCCACAGGAAAGGGCACAGCGUCGUGCUGCUGGAGAAGUUCCCCGAGCUGAAGCUGCUGGGCGACAUUAUCUCCUUCGGACCCAACUCCUCCCGGCUGUUCCGGAGAUGGCCCGGCGUGGCCGAGAAGCUGGAGCCUCUCAGCAUGCGAGCCGACUCGAUCGUGCUCAAGUCGUGGCAGGGGGAGACCGUCUACGAGCAGUUCUGGGAGCAGGAGACCAAGGAUUUCGGCAUCCGCUACGACGGGCACCGCGGCGAGUUCCACGAGGUCGUCUACAACCACGCGCGCGAGAUCGGCGUCGACAUCCGCCUGGGCGCGCGUGUCGACGACUACUUUGAGGAGGCAGACCACGCCGGCGUGAUCCUCGAGGGCGGCGAGCGCCUCACGGCCGACGUGGUGAUCGCGGCCGAGGGUGUGCGCAGCACGGGCCGCAAGAUCGUGCUCGGGUUCGAGGACAAGCCCAAGGCCUCUGGCUACGCCGUCUACCGCAGCUGGUUCAGCGCCGAGGAGAUCGCCAAGGACCCUGACACCAAGUUCCUCACCGAGGGCGGUGACAAGCACAUCGCCUGGCUCGGCCCUGACGUGCACUUCAUCGCCGCUUGCAUGAAGGGAGGAAAGGAUUUCUCGUGGGUGUGCACGCACAAGGAUGACCAAGAUAUCGAGGAGAGCUGGCAGCUCGAGGCGCCUCUGGAAGACGCGCGCAAGGUGCUCGAGGGGUGGGACCCGAUCGUGCAGAAGAUCCUGGACAAGACGCCGUCGCCGCUGAUCGACUGGAAGCUGGUGUACCGGGACCCGCUGCCGACGUGGAUCUCGGCGGGGCGGCGGAUCGCGCUGAUCGGGGACUCGGCGCACCCGUUCCUGCCGACGUCGAUCCAGGGGGCGUCGCAGGCGAUGGAGGACGGGGCGACGAUCGCGGUGUGCCUGCGGGAGGCGGCGCGGGACGCGAACGGCGGCGGCCGGCGGAACGUGCCGGAGGCGGUGGCCGCGUUCGAGGCGCUGCGCUACGCGCGCGUACUGUCGGCCCAGAAGACGGGCGAGCAGACCCGCGACAUCUGGCACAAGGCCGACUUCGCCGCCGCCCGCGCCAACCCCGAGAGCCUGCGCCUGCGCCGCGAGGCCUGGCUGCUCGCCUUCGACGCCGAGGCCUACGCCGCCGACAACUACGCCCGCACCGUCGCCGUCAUCCGCCGCACCGGCCUCCAGGACCUGACGGAGGCCCGCCGCCUCCACGAGCCCGAGGCCAAGUUCGGCUACAUCGAGUACAACAAGGGUGCGGCCGAAUCACCCGCAGCAGCCGCUCCUGCUGCCGUCGCCGUCAAGGCUGCGUAAGGGAUUAGGGGGGGAUGAGAACGGGCACAUCUGCAUAGGUCUGUGUACUUUAGACAGUGGGGCGGGGGUUACUGGUUUUAUAGAGACAUCGCAUAAGUUUAUACAAAACUUACCCAGGUACAUGACCAACUCGCGACUCAAAGGUACACAGGAUUUUCCCGUGACAAGAAAAUAUAUUUAAAACCUUCCGUCAUGCAUGAGUAACGCCUAUGUUUAGUAGACAAGCCAACUCCUACUUUUCCUAGGCUCUCCUCCCCUGACUCGACCCC